AUGGGGAUUCUCCGUUCCUUGUAUUGUUUCACUAUUUUUGCAGUUUCUUUGACGUUUAUGGUGAAAGUUUUCGCUUCUGAUCCUCUUUCUGAUGCACUCUUGAGCUUUAAAUCUGAGGUUAUUGAUGAUUCCAACAGUUUAAAUGACUGGUUUGUGCCUUCUGGAGUGAAACCUUCCGGGGAAAUUCUUGCAUGUUCUUGGACUGGAGUGAAAUGCAGUCAAAAUUCUUCAAAAAUUGUCCGUUUAGACCUGUCAAUGAAGAAUCUUAAGGGUCCACUAUCCGGAAAACAGUUCAAUCUCUUUGUUGACUUGGUUGAUUUGAACCUCAGUCACAAUUCAUUCUCAGAUAAACUUCCUGCCGGGAUUUCUAGCAUCACCAAUCUAAAAUCCCUGGAUAUCAGCAUGAACAAUUUUUCAGGCCAUUUUCCUACUGGGUUUUCCAAAUUCCAGAAUUUGGUUGUUCUUGAUGCGUUCAGUAACAGCUUUUCGGGACCUUUACCGGCCGAUAUUUCUGUAAUUCAGUCCCUCAAGGUACUGAAUUUUGCUGGGAGUUACUUCAGUGGACCAAUCCCAUCAGAAUAUGGUUCAUUCAAGAACCUUGAAUUCAUUCAUCUGGCAGGAAAUAGUCUAAGUGGUAACAUACCUCCAGAACUGGGGAAUCUGAAAACACUGUCCCAUAUGGAAAUUGGAUAUAACAGAUAUGAAGGAGAAAUUCCAUGGCAAUUUGGGAAUUUGAGUGAACUCAAAUAUCUUGAUAUUGCAGAUGCCAAUCUAUAUGGUUCAAUUCCAAAGCAAAUCUGCAACCUUACAAAACUGGAAUCACUUUUCCUCUUCAGUAAUCUGCUCACUGGAAAUGUUCCAUGGGAAUUUAGCAAAAUCUUGCCCAUCAAAAGCCUGGAUCUUUCAGACAACCAACUUUCCGGACAAAUUCCGAAUAGUUUUUCAGAGUUGAAGAAUCUUAUGCUUCUAAGCCUAAUGUACAAUAAGAUGGAUGGAUUUGUCCCUGAAGGAAUUGCUAAGCUUCCACAACUUGAUACUCUGCUUCUUUGGAACAAUAACUUUUCAGGUUCACUCCCAGAAGACUUGGGAAGAUACUCAAAUCUCAAAUAUGUGGAUGUUUCGACGAACAAUUUUGUGGGUAGCAUACCACCUGAUAUAUGUUCAGGAAGGGAGCUAAUGAAGUUGAUCUUGUUUUCAAACAAUUUUACUCAAGGUCUGUCUCCAUCUCUCACCAAUUGUUCCUCUCUUGUUCGUGUUCGACUGGAAGAUAACUCAUUCUCAGGUGACUUAUCUUUGAAAUUUAGUAAUCUUCCUGAUUUAUCUUAUCUGGACUUGUCUAGAAAUAGAUUUACAGGAGGAAUUCCUUCUGAUAUUGAUCAAGCUUACGGGCUUCAGUACUUUAAUGUGUCUAAUAAUCCACUGCUUGGAGGCAUAAUACCAGUAAAAACGUGGUCUCUGCCUCACCUUGAGAACUUCUCUGUGGUUUCUUGUAGCAUAUCGGGCAAUAUUCCUCCAUUUCAGCAUUGUAAAUCCAUGUCUGUUAUUGAAUUGAGUGCAAAUAAGUUCUCAGGAAUCGUCCCAGAAAGUAUUUCCAAUUGUAAGGAACUUGUGAGCAUAGAUUUGGCUAACAAUAACUUAACAGGUCCUAUUCCUUCAGAGUUGGCUAAACUUCCUGCUAUUGGGGUUAUAGACAUGUCUCGAAAUAGUUUCAUCGGUCCAAUCCCAGCAGAAUUUGGAAACUCUUCGACCUUAAAGCUUCUGAAUGUGUCCUACAAUGACAUCUGGGGUUUAAUUCCUCCACAGAGGACUUUUAGAAUGAUGGAUAGAAGUGCAUUUUUUGGUAAUCCGAAGCUCUGUGGGGCACCUCUGAGACCUUGUCAUCGUGAAAGUCUGAUUCCAAAUGGACUAGAAUUGGGAAGUAGAAGAACCCAAAAAUUAGCCUGGAUUCUAAUAAUCUGUGCGGUCAUAGUCCUAUUCAUUAUGGCUGUGGUUUUUGGGAUAUUUUACUUCAAAAGACGACGUGAAGGCCAGUGGAAAAUGGUUGCUUAUAGUGGACUUCCUCUAUUCACAGCAAAAGAUAUUUUGAGGAGCUUUAAUUCUGUAGAGGUCCUGGAGGAAGUACCCGCAUUGCCAGAUUCAAUUUGCAAAGUACUUUUACCUACAGGAAUAACUGUUUCAGUGAAGAAGAUUGAAUGGGAACCAAGAAGAAUGGAAAUUGUGUUACAAUUUUUGCACAGGAUGGGAAAUGCAAGGCAUAAUAAUUUGACAAGAUUGCUCGGGAUAUGCUACAACAGUUGUCUGGCUUAUCUGUUGUUUGACUACUUGCCUAAUGAAAAUUUGUCGGAAAAGAUCAGAAUGAAGAGGGAUUGGCCAACAAAGUAUAAGAUAGUGAUUGGAAUUGCAAAGGGACUCUGCUUCCUUCACCAUGAUUGUUAUCCAGCAAUACCACAUGGAAAUCUUAAGGCGAGUAACAUAAUGUUCGAUGAAAAUAUGGAACCUCGUUUGGUUGAUUAUGGAAUCAAAUCAAUAGUUCAGUCGACUAGUCCAUUGCCAGCAAAAAUCACAAGGGAGACUGGUGAAUUCAGCACAGUCAAGGAGGAGCUCUACAUGGAUAUAUACAAUUUCGGGGAAAUCAUUCUCGAAAUCUUAACAAACGGUAGACUGGUGAACGCGGCAUCCAGCAUAAGCAACACUCCUAAAGAGAUUCUCAUAAGAGAAAUUACUAAUGAGAAUGAUAUUGAUUCCUCCAACUCAUUCAAAGAAGAGAUAAAGUGGGUUCUUGAAGUCGCUUUGCUAUGUACUACAAGUAGACCGUCAAUGGAAGACGCACUGAAGAUGUUAUCACGUUUGAAGCCUCAAACAAAUGGCAAUGGCUCUUAG